AUGAACGGAAAAGAUUGUCGUAGAUGCCUUAGCCUUCUAUCUCAAAUUGAACAAAAGGAUGCUAUAAUUGAAAAAUAUCGAAAAAUUACGAAAUAUCAAUCCGAUCUUAUUCAAGAUUUAUCUCGUGGUGGAAACUUUGAUUUAACACCACCUAUCUUAUCUUAUGAUAAUGAGUUUUUAACAGUUGCAGCUCGAUCAACCGAAACUUUAAAAGAGAAUCUCGAAGCAACCUUCGGUCCCGUGGAUAGCCUUGAUUUCAUUCCCGGCAAGUCUUGUGCUUUCGCAAAUUUCUCAUCCCCAACUGCAUUUAACAAUGCUAUUAAAGAAGGAGUUAUUAUUGUUAAGGAUCAUAUAUUAAGUGUUGAACAAGCUAAAAGACCGCCCAGAUCUCGAACUAGUAGAAAGAAA